UGUCUUUUUUUUCAAUGAACCAGACUAUAAAUAAAUAAAGAGAUAUAUAGUAAUACAUUUAUCUCAAAGAUAACGUUGUGUGCUUGUUGUGGUUAGCAUUGGACGUUAGCUUAGCUCGUUACCAUCAACCAAAACGAGUCAAAUACAAUAAAAUAAACAUUUGUUUGUAGAUACACUCUUCUAGUUUUGAAUUUAUAGUUAUAUUAGUUUUUUACUGUAUCUAUUGAGUGUAUUCAACUUAAAACGUAGGUUAAAACAAGGGAAGCAGCCGUAGCUGCUCGGCUAAUGUUAGCUUCCUGACAUGGUCUCAUUGUUAUUUCAUUUAAAUGUUAACUCGGAAAGUACAAGAUGUUUCCUCCCUUCUUCUUUGUCUUCUUCUUCUUAUAUUCAUCAUGUUUAUUAUUAUCCAUUGCACCUGUUGAUGAACACCUGCAGCUGGUCCUCAUGACAGCGAGCCACUGUUUAUAUUCAGGAGAAUAAGGAUGAAAGAAAAAGGCUAAAUUAAUAACAUUCAAAUGGAAAGUGUUCUGUUCACAUGAAGAUAAUGAAGUUUAAAAAGAGGCAAACGCCUAAUAUUUGUUUUUUAAACAUUCUUCUGUGCUAAUCUGGUCCAGGUCUGAUAUGUCUAAAAUGUUUUGUUUUUAUCUACAGCUGGUUUGUAUUGAUCUGGAUGGAGGAAAAGCAGUGAGGUUAAUCUUAUAUCUGAGUCAGAAAUAUAGUAUUAUGUUAGAUAAGACUUUAAACAGUCUGCGUAGUUUUUAAACUAGUCUUGUUUUGAUUUUGAGCUAAAUAUACCUACAUAGAUAAAUGGUUAAGACACUAAGACUGUUAGGUCAAUGUCUGGAACCCGUCUUUCAUCUUUAAACAUUGAAAGAAUAGAGAAAUAGUUUUCUCAUUUACCUGAACAUCUCAGGGCAUCUUCAGUCUUUUAAAAAAACAACUGAAUUUAUCUGGUUAAAGUUUGACGGAGAAGAAAUUUCGUCUCACACAUUUCAAGUAAAUUUGCUGCUUCGCCCUAUUUGUUGGUGAACUAUUUAAUGUAAAAAUGAGUAAUUGUUGUUCUUGUAAAUGUCCACACAGUUCUUUCUUAUGAAUUACUGGCUCAGAUUUUGGAUUAAACAUCGGGAUUUCUCUCACUUUACUCAUGGAUAAUUUCCUGCUUCUUUCUGAAUCGUUCGGGCAGAACUACCCAGAGGAGGCAGAUGGCACUCUGGACUGUAUCAGUAUGGCCCUCACCUGCACCUUCAACCGCUGGGGCACCCUGCUGGCCGUGGGCUGCAACGACGGACGCAUCGUCAUCUGGGACUUCCUCACGCGGGGCAUCGCCAAAAUCAUCAGCGCCCACAUCCACCCGGUCUGCUCUCUAUGUUGGAGUCGUGACGGUCACAAGCUGGUGAGCGCCUCCACAGACAACAUUGUCUCUCAGUGGGACGUCCUGACGGGCGACUGCGACCAGAGGUUCCGCUUCCCGUCACCGAUCCUCAAACUGCAGUGCCACCCGAGAGACAUGGACAAGGUGCUGGUGUGUCCCAUGAAGUCGGCCCCGGUCCUGCUCACGCUGUCGGACUCCAAACACGUCGUGCUGCCCGUCGACGACGACUCCGACCUGAACGUGGUGGCGGCCUUUGACAGGCGGGGGGAGUUCAUCUACACGGGCAACGCCAAAGGAAAGAUUCUGGUGUUGAACACGAACACUCAGGAGCUGGUGGCUUCCUUCAGAGUGACAACUGGCACCAGCAACACCACGGCCAUCAAAUCUAUUGAAUUUGCACGCAAGGGCAGUUGCUUCCUCAUAAACACAGCAGACCGGAUCAUCCGGGUGUACGACGGCCGGGAGAUCAUGACCUGUGGCCGGGACGGUGAGCCGGAGCCUAUGCAGAAACUACAGGACCUGGUGAACCGGACUCCGUGGAAGCGCUGCUGUUUCUCCGGCGAUGGCGAGUACAUCGUGGCCGGCUCAGCCCGGCAGCACGCGCUCUACAUCUGGGAGAAGAGCAUCGGCAACCUGGUGAAGAUCCUCCACGGGACCCGAGGAGAGCUGCUGCUGGAUGUCGCCUGGCAUCCCGUCCGUCCGAUUAUCGCCUCCAUCUCCAGUGGAGUGGUGUCCAUCUGGGCUCAGAACCAAGUGGAAAACUGGAGCGCCUUCGCUCCCGACUUCAAAGAGCUGGACGAGAACGUGGAGUACGAGGAGCGAGAGUCCGAGUUCGACAUCGAGGACGAAGACAAGAGUGAACCCGAGCAGACGGGCGCAGACGCUGCGGAGGACGAGGAGGUGGACGUCACCACCGUCGACCCCAUCGUCGCCUUCUGCAGCAGCGAUGAGGAGCUGGAGGACUACAAGGCUCUGCUGUACCUGCCCAUCGCCCCCGAGGUGGAGGAUCCGGAGGAAAACCCCUUCGGCCCCCCGCCGGACGCCUCGGUCCAGACCGCCGCCCCGGAGGAGGCGGCGCUGGCCGCGGGCGACAAGAAGCAGCGGCAGCCUUCGUCCGAAGGAGGCUCGACCAAGAAGAAGGCCCGCACGACCACCAUCGAGCUGCAGGGGGUGCCCAGUGACGAGGUGCACCCCCUGCUGGGCGUGAAGGGCGACGGCAAGUCCAAGAAGAAGACCGCCGGCCGGCCCAAAGGCUCCAAAGGAAGUCUGGUGUCGCAGUCUUACAAGCAGCACGACCUCGGGGGGAUGGACUGAGCGCCGCCGGCGCCUGAAGGAGCCGCGGACCGGGCCGAGGACCGAGCCGAGGCUCAGAGAACGGACUGCCGGAGACCUCCUAAAAGAGAACCUCCUCCUCCCAGAAGACCUCCUCCACCCAGAAGACCUCCUCCACCCAGAAGACUUCCUCCACCCAGAAGACCUCCUCCACCCAGAAGACCUCCUCCACCCAGAAGACCUCCUCCACCCAGAAGACCUCCUCCUCCCAGAAGACCUCCUCCUCCCAGAAGACCUCCUCCACCCAGAAGACCUCCUCCACCCAGAAGACUUCCUCCGCCCACAAAUAAAGAGAUCGUGAGGCGUUUAAAGCCCACACGAGAAAUCACACGUCCUCUUUUUUCUGCAGGAUUCAUCAUGUAUAGAACGCCCUCGGCUGCUUGAUAGUGUGUGUGUGUGUGUGUGUACGAGUGUGUGUGUGUAUGAGUGUGUGUGUUGUCUUUCUUGUUGUUUUUAUACGUAUUAAAACAUUUUGAUUUGUAAA